AUGUUCCCAUCGUGUCAGUCCCAUCCUGCAGACAGCAGCGGGAAGAGGAGCUCCAUCGCCAAGCUGCUGCUCGGGGUCUUUGUUGUUUAUAUGCUCCACACCGCCUGGCUGCUGUACGGCUUCCUCAACACCAGACCGUGCGAUGGCAGCGCAGGAGAGCUCUGCAUCACCUCCUACCUGACUGCGAGACCCAGGCUACAGAUGAGUGUCUUCACCUGCCUUGUGCCAGACAACAGCCAGCUCAACCUUGCAGUUAAAAUAGACCCAUUCGACCCACACUCUACAUUUGAGAGGCAGGUGAAUGUCUCUCUGCCAGAGGAGACUCGAGCAAAUGGCACUCUGUACGCAAUGGUGUACGUUCACAAAGCCGGAGUUUCUCCUCUGGACGACAGCAGAGAGGUCCACUACGCAGUCCAGCUCACCAACUACAUCACUCCCACACACACAGAGGGGCAGAGAGACAUGCAGAAGAAGCCAAGUCCCAGAUCAGAGAGUCCUGUGUCCCACUGGAGACCUCACCUGUCAAUCACAAUGAUGUCAGAGGACUUCACCUUCAACAAGGCGGGGCUUCCUAGUGAUGUGCGGCGCUACAUGAGAGUCUCUCAGGAAGGCCGACAGAUGAUCUACCUCCCUCUGCUGCUGGUGAACGAGCUCAGCUUCAGAGUCAGAGACCUUGUGGAGAUCAGCAGCAGCACUGUUCAGCUCCCUCUGACUGUGUCCUAUGAGGGAAUCUCUCUGAGGGGGUUCAGGUUCUGGGUGCACCUACAGGAUGUGGUUUAUUCCCUGCGACAGUUCGGUUUCACAGAAGAGAACGUGGAUGAGAUUAAAGAAACUUUGGCAAGCUCCAACCUCUACCUGUUAGUGCUGACUGCACUCAUCACAGCUCUGCAACUCAUCUGUGAAUUCUUGGCUCUUAAAAAUGACGUCAGCUCAUGGAGGAAAAAGAAGACCAUGGCAGGGAUGUCCAGGAAGUCAGUUCUGUGGCGUAGCCUCAGCACUUUGCUGAUUUUCCUCCACCUGCUCGAGGAGACCAGUCUACUGGUGCUGCUUCCUGUUGGACUGGGAGCAUGUGUGGAGGUCUGGAAGGUGUUUACAGUGUUUAAGAUCCAGUUUCAGUGGAAAAACUCCAAGCUCCAUGUAACUAAGUUGGAUGAAGAGGAAAGAAAGACAGUGGAGUAUGACGUGCAGGCAUCCAGAUACUUGUCCUACUUGGUCUAUCCUCUGUGUAUCAGCGGAGCUAUUUUCUCACUGGCCUACUUACGCCAAAAGAGUUACUAUUCCUGGCUGAUCAACAGCCUGGUGACUGGAGUGUACGCCUUUGGCUUCCUGUCUAUGGCCCCACAGCUCUUCAUCAACCACAAGUUGAAGUCUGUGAGCCACCUGCAGGGGACAGUGUUGAUGUACAGAGGAGUGAACACGCUGAUCUCAGAUCUGUGCUCCUUUGCCUCCUUUUUCUCCUCCUCUGCAUCCUUCUCCUCCUCUCAUCAACUUUCCUGCUUCAGAGAUGAGCUCUUCUUCUUCCUCUACCUCUACCAGCGGAGGCGUUUCGCCCACAAGGCCAGGAGGCGAGAGUCUGGGAGCCACAGCAAGAAACUAAAGACUCAAUGAGGACGAGACAAAUUCCUCUCCUUUUCCUUUUUUCCCCCCUGAGAAAUUAACGUACAAACACACAAAAACUCAUCUUCAAAACCCCGAUGAAGAUGUGAAACGGAGGCUCGGGCAGGACAGUCAUCCACAGCAGCUUUAAACUGAUCCAAGACGAGCUGUUCUGCCUCCGACUCUGCACCACUGUACUCUCAUGGUGCUGCUGCUUCCUGCUUGGCAUCAACAAAGCUUCCCCCUUUACAGUGAUUGAACAGACAGACACUGCUGCACGUUAUGCAAGAAGAUCAUCAACGGCAUCGUAUCACCGGUUGUAAUGUGCAUUUGCUUGACUCUGCUCUUUGUGCACACAUAAGGGGGUUCCUGAAAAUGUCUCAGAUAUAGCUCCAUAAUCCUAAAUCAAUAACCACCUGCUGCAACUAGACUUGUACUUUAUGGACUCACUUAACUCUCUUUGUCACUGGCUUUCAUAUGUCUGUCUGAAAAGCUUGGGUCAUUAUUCUCCCUUUAAAAUUUACUUGUUAACAAAUUUAUUGUACAGAUUUAUACACACGCAGUAUAUUCUGCUUGUUCCAGCACUUAACUGAAGCUGGGGCGGCCCUCUAAUAGGCGUCAACUGCUACAUGAAGCUAUACACCAAGUAUAAACUGAAAUAUUCUAAACUCAAGAUGGCAUUAUUUUUAUGGUUGUGUCAUAACAUAGAAUGAAUAACCCCAACACAGCGCAACAUAUUUAGUUUCUUUGCAAACUUUAGUGAUUUAAAAUAGUGUCCUGUGGUUUGAACAUUGCGUGGCAUUGCAGCACAGGUGUGUAAUGACAGUCAAACAGGUGAAUCCUGCAGGGAUACAGGUAAGCAACAUGGCCUCAGACAGUGAUGGGAGGACGAGGGAAGCAACACAAAGCACUUUUUUUAUUCUUCCUCCAGCUUAGGAGAAUAAAGUAGGUGAGGUAAGGUUAAACUUUAAUGUCGCAGAGGGGCAAUUUGAGAUAUAGACAGUGGUCAUGAGUACAACAACACAGACAGAAUCCAGUAUCACACACUGUCAGGAGUAAAUCAUGGACAUCAGUGGUCUCUGCUGGUUUAGAUGAGCGAUAGCAGACGGGACGCAGGACGAUCUAUAACGCUAAGUGCUGCAUUUAGGGAGGUAUAACAUAGAACAUUUUCAUGAUAGUCCUAUCUACAUUGAAACUCUUCAGCUUCCUUAAAAAGAAUAGCGUUGGUUUGCCUUCUUACAGACGCCAUCAGUGUUCACAUCAAGAUUCGACUUGUCAUCUAAGACAGUGCCAAGGUACUUGUACUGCUGCACUGCUGCCUCCGGCUCCCCCUUAAUCAUAUGACUGGUGUUAAAGGUGUCCUAUCAGGUUGUGUUGCUGGUAACAUCAAAGGGUACAUGCUACCUGUUAGGUAGAGUUAAUGUUAGUCUCGUAUAUCUAGAAUGUCAUUAGAUAUAGUAACUUAUCAUUCACCCUCAUGUAUUAUAUUGAAUUACUUCUACCGUCAGUACACUGUACAGAUAUUUUAUAAAGACUGGCUUUGCAAUGUUAACCUGAUGGCAUGUGUCCAUGAAAUCCCCGCAUUGCAUUUUAACUUACAACAUACAGAAUAGCUGCUUAGUUGAAGUAUCAGUGUGUUCUCUUCCACUCAGCACAUACAAACACACACACACAUUACAAAGAAUGAGAAACAUGUAUCUACAGAUGGCAUAAACACAGCACUGUAAAUGAACUCUUUAACCAAGCUGUUUAUUGUGCUUGUAUCAUGCUGAUCUCUGCGCUUAUUUCUACUUCUUUGCCGACUGCACUGCUUGAGCUGGAGAAUAAUUUACAAACUUAAAAUGAUUUUUUAAAUUAUUUUAUUUUUCAUUGCUUUGACAAUGCAACCUGCUUGUUAUGUUUUUCUAAUAUGAAAUAAAGGUAAAAAAAAAUG